AUGGCACAGUACAACAAUGGUCCUUGGGGAGGUGCACCCCAAGGAGGUGAAGACUUCGGCGUACAGAUGCGGCCGAUGGGAUUGAAAGUCCAUUACACCUUCGAUAAAGACAACCAAGAAAAGUGCCUUGCCCGAUGGCCUCACACUCUUCACGUCCAGACGGUCCCGAUAGACGAGCAGAACACCAUUGGGGCGAUCGACCUGAGGUUAUGCUUACAGGCUGUCACGCAAUGCAGCCCGGAGCUCGCAGGAGACAGCGAUAAGGACUAUACGAUUUACGCGUUCGACUAUUCGGAACCUGAUACGCCAUUGGUCGGACAGGGCAUGCUUUCCCGGGUGCUUGGCCAACCUGGUGGUCCUCCAGCCCCCCAGCAACAGUUGGUGACGGGCCGCGUCACGAAGAACACGUUUGCUAUCUUCGGCAAUGGGGUUAGAGAGACAUUGGAGGUCAAGCUGAAGUUCACGGGCGUCCCGAAGGUCACGCGAGAUACUCCCACACCGCACCCACAGAUCCAGGCAGGACAACGGCCGCCCUUCGCAAGAUCUGCCUCAACAAUGUCCGAAAAUAUGGAAUGGCAGUCUUUCAUCCAAUCCAACCCGCAUCUGGGCCAUACAGCAGGACCUCCGACUCCGCACUACCCGACCCUCGCACCUGCACCGGUCAGACGUUUCAGUUCGAAUUAUGAUGCCAGACAUGAUAUCACUGCACAAGGCACCCCUGGGCCACCAUCAGCCGCAGGGAGUCGCCCAGGAUCGGUCGAUCCGACUUUGAGAGUACGACCUGGUUCGACCUUUAGUCCUGGUCCCCAAUCGGCAACUCUGAUGGAGAAUUCGUCAUUCGAGGAGUCUAAUCCAAUACAGGCUCCGGCUAAAGCUAGCAAGGCUCAUUCCCGUCCUACAUCCAGAGCAUCGAGCCGGCCUCCAACCGGAAGGCCCCGAGGACGACCGCGUAAGACGCCUUUGGCAGGCGAAGGUAGCACAUCCGGCUAUGAAGAUGGCACUGAUGGUGAUGAUGCACCUCAGCCGAGCAAGAAGAGAGUCAAAACUACUCAGGUUCAACGUAGCAACACUGCUACCUUUGGUUCAGCUCCAGACUCUCUGCGAGUUGCUGCAAGUACUGCGGGUUCGAUCCGCAACUUCCGUCCCGUCGGCAUGGUGGCGGAUUCACCAGCCGGCAAUCAUCUACAUGAAGGUCCCAGAGCACCAACCCCAGUUCCCGAGUCGCGGUUUCUACCUCAAUCUCAAGGACGACCCAUGGCCCCGAGCAAUCUGAGACGCCAGUCUACGUCAGGUCAUGUCACAGACGGCUUACCUGGGCAUAUAGAGCCGAACCGCUCGAUGUCCCAGGGCCAGAACGCGGUGUCUCAAGGAUACUCUGCCGCGCCAUCUCCAUCAGCAUACAGUGAUGGACCCAGCCCAGCAGACAUUGGGUCGUCGCCUCCGGUUCCGAAGUCUGUUAUGUACCGCAUGCAAUCUAGCCCCGCCCCAUCAAGUCCCAUCCUGCCUCCUAUGCCCAUGGCGAUGCAACAGCCAGACUCAGGAUUCAUGAGUGGUGGGCUCGAAGGCCCACUUGACGAGGACAACACCGCCAAAAGUUCCGCCGAGCAUCCCCCUACGGAAACGGAAACGGCAGCAGCAAAGCCGAAGCCAAAACCGAAGCCCCGUCGCAGUCGUGCGAAGAAACAACCGCCGAAAACGGAGCCGGCCAAAUCUCUACUACCGCCCAAGCCUCAACCACCCAAGACUGAGGCAGGUUUCCGUAACGAAGUCCCAGGCCCCCCGGGAUUAUUACCAGAGGCAUCGAUAUACAACCCAUCGGUACCCUUAUGUCGCAGAGUCAGCGCGAAAAGAAAAAAGAUCACCAGUAAUACGGCAUUGCUUCCACCAGUGUUCGAAUCGUCCGGGUCGAUGUCUGUUAUACCAGAACCUGCUGGGAUCCUGCGCAUGAGAGCAAAGUCUGGCCAAGUUGAACCCUUAAUCCCCAGGUCUGAUGUACGUGGGCCUGACGUGACUGAGCCUGACGUACCUGCGCCUGUCGCCACUGAACCGGCCGAUUCUGUCUCUGUCGCUCCUGAGCCUGUCGUUCCUGAGCCCGUCGUACCUGCGCCUGUCGUUCCUGAGCCUACCGUUCAUGAUCCUGCGGUGUCUAAAUCAGUCCAGCCUAUGCUUGUGCAGCCUGAACCCUUCUGGCCUCAGCCUCCUGAGCGCGAUACUGCCGAAUCUGUUGAACCCCAUGCUCCCGAAGCUAGCGAGGAACAGCCGGCUGACCAACUCGAGCACCUCGAGGUAGACCAUACACAAAGAGAAUUUACUAGCUUGGAGUUAGCGUUCAUGGGCGAGUUUGGCAAUGAGCGGCAUGAAGAAUAUCUGGACUCUCUGGGCUUGGGCGACCACUCUUUCACGCCAGCUGAUGAGGAUGCUUCCCAAUACGAUGGCAUGAAUCCCCAUAUCGAAUCUGGAUUUCGGCUGGAACCUCCCCCAGCCCCGGCACCAGCUGCGGAAACCUCUGUGGAGCCCGAACUCCCGGUGGCACCAGCAAGUGAUCCCGUUCUGCCGCAGCUGACACUGCCAAUCCCACUGUCAGAAUCUGUCCAUCCACAAUCAGAUGUUCUGGAUGCUUUUGAUGCUCUUGACACAAAGUCCAACAAGAAUUAUGUCAAGAGGCAGCAGAUCAGGCAGAGGUUGGAAGAAGCUAUAGAGCAGGGUCAGCUUCCACAAUUUUGCCGCAACUGUGGUGCGCUGCAAACGCCAACGUGGCGGAAAAUCUGGAAGCAGGAACACAAGGGGGUACCAGCGUACCACGAGUAUUCAGAGAAGCCUGGCCAUGUUACUGCGAUCAACAUUUUGCUGAGGGACAAUGAGGGCAAGCCAACUUCGUACGAGAUUGUCAAGAAAUCUCUUGGCCCGAAGGAUGAUAGGAGCACGUGGACCGAAAUCCUCCUGUGUAACCCGUGCGGGAUAUGGUUCUCCAAGUGGAAAGCCCAUCGACCAUCAGAGAAGUGGGAGAAAGAUGAGCAAAGACUCUCUCAAACACGGAGAAAGCGGGCCAACGGCAGUGGAGCUGCGCGAGGAAAGAAGGCUCGAACCAAGAGCGACGCUCAGUCAAACCUUACUUCAGAAGCUUGUCUGCCGACAGACCCUCUUGGACCACCCGAGGGCUCGCUGUCGCCCAAGGAGCCGCCAACGAAGGCGGCAGGCCAUGGAAGACAGGCAGGGAGGGCUUUUGAUAACGGGUCUGGGAAAGAUCGCAAGAGGCUUGCUCCAGAGCCGAAAGGACCAGGCUCAACUCACUCUCGGGGAUCUACCCAUUCUAGAGGGAGUGGUACACCUGGAAGCCCUAUUGCUAUAGACGACGAGCUUGGCGGCACACGAAGACUUUUGUUUCCAUCUCCCCGCAAAACCGGCGAGCACAGAAUCCUAGGAGAAGUCGCGGUUAACAUCGUGCAGACCUCUCCUGGAUUCGCUGAAACUAAGGGGGGCGAAACCGGACCAGAGAAGGAGAAUAGUGGACCAGCUUCUCCAAGUCAGAAUCCAGCUAAUGACGAUAUGGCUUACCUCUUUGGUACACCACCGCGGCCAUCAACGCCGCCUCCCAAACCUGGCAACAGUGAGCCUUUCAAGACGCCGACACGUCCCACCCCAAGUCAUCGUCCCGUCACCAGGAGUGUCACCAGGUCUAUGCGCUCCGGAAGGUCUAUUACAUCGCCCGGCCAGAUGCUACUCGAACGCACUCCGACAAGGACUCCCACUAGGACACCGCGCUCGACACUGCUCUCCCUGCGACGUUCGCCACGCCACUCGCUACCCUCGCCCCGCCACGCGCUACCCUCGCAAUUUCUCCAAGAAACAAACUACGGGUCCCCUCUGACGAGAUCAAUCAACCAGCUUCUUUCUGAGGCGGACAACUUCGUCAUGCCAGGCCCACCUCGCGGGUUUCAGCUUGACCCUUAUUCUCUGUCUCAGCUGAACAGUGAUGAUCACCUGGGUGGCGGCCCGCGUUUCGACUUUGGCGACUUGCUAAGCACAGACGGCAUUGUGCCCAGCUCGCCGCCCCACAUGUUUCGUUACACGCAGCAGCAUGCGUUUGGCGGUAACCUAGUAGAAGACGAUAAAAUCGCCCGACUUUUGGACCCCUUCAACACCCAUGUGAAUGAGAGUACGAGUUUUGAUAGUACGAAUUUUGGGGAAGAGGGUGGUGAGGGCGCUCCCUGA